UUUUGUCAUCUGUAAAAUGCGCACAUCACUUAUUGCAUUUACAUACUCGCAACAUUUACGUAUUUACUUUUUAAUUUUAAUAUGUUUAUUUAUUCAAAAUGAGCAAAAAUAAAGUGCAUGAAGAAUUCACUUACAAUACAAAAGAAAAUAAAAGUGUGUGUGUGGAACUGUUGCCUAAAAAGAAAAAGAGUGAACACGUUAAUAACGACAACAGCAUUUUAAAAUACGUUGUAGCCAAGACGCCGAAGGCACAAUUUUCUUUAACAAAGGAACAAUUGUUGGAAGCUUGUUUGGAGCUGGACACAAAGAAUGGCAGACCACUGAAAAUAUUUGAAGACAGUGGCUUUCGAAAAAUUAUUGAUCCGAUUUGCAAGACAGUGGGUAUUACCAUUAACAGACAAAAUAUAAAAGAAGAAAUUAUCCAAAGAGCCUUUGCGCUGCGUUCUCAAAUAACAAACAGAUUAACUAAUCAGUUACUUUCUAUUAAAGUUGAUUGCGUAAGUAGAUUGAUCGAUCUAUAAUAGGCAUCAACGCACAAUAUAUUGCAAAUGGAGAAAUACAAAUUGAAACUUUGGCAAUGAAGGAAAUAUUUGUGAAACAUACCGCACUGAAUAUCUUCAAUACAAUCAGGGAUGUUCUUCAAUCAUUUCAAAUAAAUAUAGAUCGGGUUUAUUCAAUAACAAUCGAUAAUGCCGCCAACAUGGUUUGCGUUGGUAAAUUAUUUAAUAAUAACUCAAAAGUGCCAAGUGAUGAAAAUAGCAACGAAGUUGCCAUCGAAGAUUCAGAUAGUAAUAAGGACAUGUUCAUGUAAUAAAUGAGUAUAAAAAUAA